CCUCCCUCUCUCCAUAUCUCUCUCUCUCUCUCUCUCUCUCUCUCUCCCCUUCUCCUUCAAACACGCACACGCACCCACGGCCUGAAGGGAUGGACACAAAGCUCCAUGCGAGAAUACCCUUUGUAUCUGCUGGUGCAUUGUUUGGCUAGAAUAUAUAUUCGAGGUUUCGAGGCUUCUCUGCUGAAUUUCUUGUUUCUGGUAUGGCUUGCCUAGUUCGUUUUGUGCAAACCCAUUUCGUUUCUCGUAUUUAAUCUAAAGCCCACCAGGUAUUCUACUGCCACGAAGGAAUCGGGCAUUUGACCUUUUCGGUAGUUGGGUUCGAUCUGUUGGUUUGCUUCGGAGUUUGUUUCGUGAUGCCCAUGGUGACGGUGGAAGUCGGUAGAAGUCGGCGAAUACCUCCCUUUGUUGGAUGUGUGUUUUGUGGGCUUCAUGCAGCUUUGGGUGGAUAACCAUGGAAGGUUCAUCUGAUUCUGCUUGGCAGAAGUCUGAUAAUUCUCGGGGAUUAAGUACAUCUAAUGUCUCGGACAGGAAUCUGAGGUUCCUUCGUGGCGAGAGAAUCGAUUUUUCGGGUGAUGCACAGCAGGAUUUUGCUUUUAGAAAGGUAAGAGAUCGAGUUCUUUCUGCUUCUGCCGAUAGCCUUAGAAAUCAAGCCGGAUUAUCUCGUGAUUUCGAGGAGGAGCUAACGGUUAACCCUUUCUUCCGUGCCCUAGAGUGGGAUGAUGUUAGCUUGAGACAGUGGUUGGACAAACCGGAUCGACAAGUGGAUGAAUUUGAAUGUUUGCAUAUAUUUAGGCAAAUAGUGGAGAUAGUGAAUGUUGCCCAUUCACAAGGAGUUGUCAUCCAAAAUGUGCGGCCUUCUUGCUUUGUUAUGUCUUCUUUCAACCGGGUCUCCUUCAUAGAAUCCGCUUCUUGUUCAGAUUCAGGAUCCGAUUCUUUGGAAGAUGGGUCAAAUAGCCGGACUGAGGCGAAGGAUGAAUCCUCUUCCUUUCCCCAUGACAUGCAUCAGCAGAGAAGAAGUGAGAAUUCUCAUUCCGCGGAAACUCCCACUAUUGCACUAUUGGGUAAUAGUCACAUCCGGUCGAGCUCCAUUUAUGCGGCCAAAGUUUCAUUAGUUGAAGAGAUCAGGGACAAUAAGAUUAAAGAUGGGAGCAUCGCUGAACAGGCGAAAGAGAAUGCCCCACAUUUUCCCAUGAAACAGGUGUUGCUCAUGGAAGCAGGUUGGUAUACUAGCCCUGAGGAGGUUGCUGGGGCCCCUAGUUUCUGUGCGUCAGAUAUAUACCGGUUGGGCAUCCUCCUUUUCGAGUUAUUUUGUCCAUUCAGCUCCAGUGAAGAAAAAUGCAUAACGAUGUCUAGUCUGAGACAUCGGCUUCUUCCUCCUCAACUGCUGCUAAAAUGGCCAAAAGAAGCUUCGUUUUGCUUAUGGUUACUCCAUCCAGAGCCCAGAAGUCGACCAAUGAUGAGCGAAUUGUUGCAGAGUCAGUUUCUCAAUGAGCCGAGAGAUAACCUGGAGGAACGUGAAGCAGCAAUGGAGCUCAGAGAGAAAAUAGAGGAACAGGAAAUGUUGCUUGAGUUUCUCUGGCUGAUGCAACAAAGAAAACAAGAAGUGGCUGAUAAGUUGCAAGCUACUUUAUCUCUUCUUCGUGACGAUAUUGAAGAAGUAACAAAGCAACAGGUACAUCUGAAGAAUAGAGCAAACUCAUGCCCAGAACUGGGUCAGGAAGAUCAGACAGCUUCAAGUCUCCCCUCACACGAUACUGUUGAUAAUGAUGAUACUACUAGCCUGGGAUCUAGAAAGCGAUGCAGACCGGGACUGCUGGUUCAUAAUGGGGAAGAAUGCUGCUAUGAUCCUGAUGAUAAUCAGAAAUCAGAUGCUCAUGUUGAUAAACGAGAUAGUUUUCUUUUAAAAAGCUCUCGAUUGAUGAAGAACUUCAGCAAAUUGGAGUCGGCAUACUUCUUGACUAGAUAUCGACAACUCAAGCAGUCUACGAGGCCAUCGAUGAAGCCUUCACCUCUCAGCAGCGAUGGUAAAGGUUCUGUUGUCAUGACCGAAAGGAGUUCUAUCAAUACAGCAGCAUCAAGAGAGCGAUACAGUGAAAAUAGAAAGAGUGGGUGGAUAAGUCCUUUCCUCGAAGGACUGUGCAAGUAUCUAUCUUUCAGUAAGUUGAAAGUGAAGGCAGACUUGAAACAAGGGGAUCUUCUCAACUCAUCCAACUUAGUGUGCUCCCUUAGUUUUGAUCGAGAUGGGGACUAUUUUGCCACAGCUGGUGUAAAUAAAAAAAUCAAGGUAUUUGAGUGUGAUGCUAUCUUAAUGGAAGAUCGUGAUAUCCACUAUCCAGUGGUUGAAAUGGCCGGUAGGUCGAAAUUCAGUAGUAUAUGCUGGAAUACAUAUAUUAAAAGCCAGAUUGCUUCGAGUAACUUUGAAGGUGUGGUACAGGUCUGGGAUGUUACAAGAAGUCAGAUCCUCAUGGAAAUGAGAGAGCAUGAAAGGAGAGUUUGGUCCAUUGACUUUUCAUCUGCAGAUCCAACAUUGUUGGCUAGCGGGAGUGAUGAUGGCUCUGUCAAGCUUUGGAGUAUCAAUCAGGGUGUAAGUAUCGGUACCAUCAAAACCAAGGCAAAUGUAUGUAGUGUGCAGUUUCCCUCAGAUUCUGGCCAUUCUCUUGCAUUUGGUUCAGCAGAUCAUAAGAUUUAUUACUAUGAUCUCCGUAAUUCAAGAGCUCCUUUGUGCACAUUAGUUGGGCAUAACAAGACCGUCAGUUAUGUCAAAUUUCUGGAUUCAGUGAAUAUUGUAUCUGGAUCCACGGAUAACACCUUGAAGCUUUGGGAUUUGUCAGUGUGCACAUCUCGAGUUAUUGAGACUCCCGUUCAAUCAUUUACUGGUCACACAAAUGUGAAGAACUUUGUUGGCAUGUCAGUGUCUGAUGGCUACAUAGCAACAGGUUCAGAAACAAAUGAGGUUUUCAUCUACCACAAGGCUUUCCCUAUGCCUGCAUUAUCAUUCAAAUUCAAUGGGACAGAUGUACUUUCGGGCCCUGAAAUGGAUGAUGCGGCACAGUUCAUUUCUUCAGUUUGUUGGCGAGGCCAGUCCUCAACCUUGGUUGCUGCAAAUUCCACGGGAAAUAUAAAGAUUUUGGAGAUGGUCUAAUUUUCCUGGACGAUCCAAAAUUUUCACAGAUUUCACUUAAAAGGAAAAGAAACGGGCUGGAGCACAAAAUGUCAUUAGCUUAAGAAUACCGUAGUGGAAGGAACUUAGCAGCGAAGUGGGCAGGAGGAUUCAGGGAGUCAGGGAUUUGUUUGAAAUAACAAAUUUUGGCAUUAGAGGAAAAUAGCUGAUGCAAUCUCCGCAAGGGUGAGAAUGAUCUUGUAUAAGGGUAUUAUGUAGAUAAUAUUUCGUAAGGAAAAAAAGGUAAAUAUCAAGCAUUCUUGCAUGUUUCUUUCUA